GACCAUGGACCGCGAAAUGAGAAAUGUCAGCUUUUUAGUUCUACUUUAGUAGGCGAUUUACACACUUCAUUUUAUGAAUGGACCUUGGCUGAGACUUUCUGAUGCCGUAAGGCAUUCUGAUUUUUGAAGUUGAGUGAGCCCAGUUACUAGAAUUAUAUAGUAAAACCAUGUUGCGGUCACCAGCUUGCAGUGAUGCUGGAUUUGGUGAGGAAGAGGAUGAAGAUAUUUUGCUUCAAGCAGAAGAACUCUCUGCUCUGUGUUAUAAGGACAAAGAAUACACUGAGAUAGUGGAAGGCAUCGACUUUGACGAAGAGAUGAAUGAAGAGGAUGCAGCGAACAUAUCCCUGGGUCUCAAUGGUAAUGAGGGAGUGUCAGCGGCCAUGAGCAGUGAUGAUGUUUGUCCGGAAUUUGACAUGGAAGCUGGGAGUUUGUGGAUUUAUCCGACAAAUUACCCUGUCAGGGAUUAUCAGUUCAAUAUUAUACAAAAGGCCCUGUACAAGAACACCCUGGUUGUUUUGCCAACUGGCUUGGGGAAGACUUUCAUCGCAGCUGUACUAAUGUACAAUAUGUAUCGGUGGUUCCCUCAAAGCAAGGUGAUCUUCAUGGCACCAACCAAACCUCUGGUUGCCCAACAAGUCAAUGCUUGCUACAACAUCAUGGGGAUCCCGAAAGAGGAUACAAUAGAAAUGACAGGCACUAUGUCUCCCGUGCUGAGGCAGCGAGCAUGGAGAGAGAAACGUGUCAUCUUUUUGACCCCUCAGGUUCUGACUAAUGACCUGUCCAGUCGGUCAUGUGAUGCGCACACUGUCAAAUGUCUCGUGGUGGAUGAGGCUCACAAAGCCACAGGGAACCACGCCUACUGUCAGGUUGUGAGGGAACUUGUGAAGGAAACCAACAAAUUCAGAAUUUUGGCCCUCAGUGCAACUCCAGGCAGUGAUCUCAAGGCUGUCCAGCAAAUGAUGAACAACUUACUGAUCAGCCACAUCGAACUCCGGUCUGAGGACUCUUUCGACAUCAAACCCUACACCCAUGAGAGGAAGAUAGAGAAGGUGGUGGUGCCACUGGGGCAGGAGUUGUCGGCCAUCAGACUGCAGUAUAUUCAGGUGAUGACAAUGGUAGUGAAGCGAUUGAUACAAAUCCGGGUCAUCUACAACAGAGAAGCAACGAAAUUGUCCAAGUUUCUUAUUCUGAAAGCACGGGAUGAAUUCAGGCAGAAUCCACCUGGAAGAUUAUCGAAAACCCAGGCAGGGAACAUAGAGGCGGACUUUGCCCUGGCCAUAAGCCUGUACCACGGCUUUGAUUUGCUACAGCAGCAUGGACUACGCUCCUUGUACAACUAUCUGUUGAGUGUCAUCUCUGGCAAAAAGGGCUAUGGGAAAACACGCACCGAGCUCCAGCGCAAUGCAGAUUUCAACGCCAUCAUGGAGCAGUUGAGGGACAAGUUCGCAGCACCUGGACCAGGGACUUCAGCAGGAGAUGCCAAGAUGGUCGUUGGUCACCCCAAAAUGCAGAGGCUGGAAGAGGUUGUGCUCGAUCACUUCAAGACAUUCCAUAAGCGGGGCCUGGAGACCCGAGUGAUGAUCUUCAGCCAGUUUCGAGACAGCGUGCAGGAGAUAGCGGACAUCCUAGGGCAGCAUGCUCCGCUUGUCAAGGUCAUGCCCUUCAUCGGCCAAGCUUCAGCAGGGAAAGCCACAAAGGGUUACACUCAAAAAGAACAGCUGGAGAGCUAUAACCAGAGCCUGUACUCUAAGAAGAGUAUCCACAAAGCUAUAUUGAACGGAGCCAGGUCUCUGCACUUCUACCCAGACAAUCACCGGUUAGUUCCGGCGGCCUUUUUGCCAAAAUGCCACAAGAUGUUCAUCACAGUGACUCCAAGUUCUUCUGGGAGUGGUCAGAAAGUCAAGGCUGGGCAAAGUAAAUCUGCCUCGAAGCAAGGACAAAACCACCGUAAAAUCUCUGAUGUGUUCAAGAAGAGAGGGAGACCUCCAGCCUCCGAUGACGGCCCCACGGUAGAAGAAUGGGAGGACAUUCGUGAAGAGUUCUUGGCUGGUAUGGAAACUGCAAAGUGUCUGCCCCGCUCAAAAUGCGUGUCUCUUGGGAAAGGGUCACAGACAACUGUCUCUGGGAGAGUUCAAGACCCAGAGCAGCUCGACCUGGCUGAGUGGAUGGCGUGGCAGAACAGACAACAGAAGGCUCACAUCACAGGUCACUCUUGUGCCAGUCUACAUCUGGUGCAGGAUGCAGAGUUCAUCGAGCUUCAGAAGGUGUUAGUGGAUGAAGACCCCUAUGGGCCUGAGAUGAGACAAUACUUGAACUCGUCAGACAUUUAUCUGCAUGGGGAGGUGGAUGGAAAUACCAGCAUUGAUGGUCAAGGCAGUAUACGGUCAUUCCUCGCUCCAUCAACCUCAAAGUCUGGCCCAGUGACAGAGAUUGACGAAGAUGAUUCCCCAAAGGGAAGCAGCACAGAGGCGACUGAGGGGAGGAGAGAAUUUGUCAAAGAAAGAGCCUCAAGUUUGUUUACAGAAUGUGGGACUGGUGAAAACUCUGAACAAAGUUGUCAGGGCACAAGCAGUUCUGGUGUUCUGGGAAAAGGCCAAAAAGUCAAGUCAAAAACUCGAGGAAAAAACAUCUAUGGUACAAAGGCUGUGAUGAAAGUUGGAAAGGGGAGGAAAGGAAAGGGAAAACAGACGAAAGGAGCCACUUACGUAGAUGGUUCUGAGGAGUUACAAUGUGUGAAAAAGAAAAAAUCAUCAUUGUUUCAAAUGUUGGAGUCAAUAGCGCCUAGCCCGGGCGGUAGACAAGACUGUGAUGACUUUGAGGAGAAUGAUGUCGUUGAGGUGUUUGGUGACGAGGAUGACAAAGACAAAACGUCACACCAUAGAAAAGAUGUGAGUGAGAAAGAGCAAAGCUUGACAGUCGGAACGUUGAACGUAAAUGAUGCAGAAGCUGAAGGUGCAGAUGUAGUUCUGUGUUCCCCACCGGCUGUGCCACAGAAAGCUGAAAAGACCUCUUCAAGUUGGGAGACCAAUCUUUCUAGUCAAAUGGGACGCUGUACAGUUUUGAAUAAAGACAGGCAAAAGUGUGAUAUUUUUGUGCCCUGUGUUCCCUCUCCUCCCGAUCUCGACGAAGUACAAGAGCUAAAAGAGCUUCUCCUUGAUGUUAAGUCUGGGUCGGAUUUUCGGAAUGUGGAUUUAGAAAAAAUGAUGUCAGAAUGGGAAGUGACAGAAGGAAUGAAUUGUGAGAACAAAGAAAGACAGAGACUGUUUUCCAGUUUAGGUAAGUUGGAUUGUCGGGAGGAAGAGGAAAUACCAAAAUGUUCUCGUGGAGAUUUAAAUAUCUCAUAUGAAGCUGAAAUGCUGAAAUCUGUCUCCUCUUUUCGGAAAAAAUUGCCAGUGUCUGAUCUCACAUCUGCUGCUUCUACAUUUAUUGACAGUGAGAGAGAAAUAAUGUCUUUGAGAGGAAAACCAUGUGAUAGGGAUGGGGAAAUAUGCAUGGAGUCAGGAGAUGAAGGCAGUGAGUGUGAACUGUCCAGCCCGAGCUCUGCUGCUCCGACCUCAAUCCUUCCUGUUAAAAGUGUCCACAGCGGCAUUAAAAAGCCGAAAGUGAUGAACGAGAACAAGAGGAAAUCUGUUACAUUUUGUGAGGAAACAUCUGUGAUUCCGAUCAGUGCUGCAGAAGACAUCUUGAAAAAAGAUUCUGAGAAAUUCAAUGUAGAGACAAAGCCUGCUUGUGGUGCGGUUUCCUCAGAAUUAGAUGAUGAUAUGUUCGAAGAUAUGUCGGAACUUUUUCACUUAAAUUUUGAUGAACUGGACGAGCCUCUUCCCGGAACUGAAGACGAAAAUUUGGAUGAAUUGGACAAUGUCACAGGUGCCAAAAAGGGAGAAGUGAAUUUUCCAGAGCUGGGUGGUCUAGACCCGAAGUUGAAUAAAGAAAAUUUUGGCGAGUUUGAUGAUACUGACCCUGAAGUUGUUGAAGACAAUUGUGAUGAGGUUGAAGAAUCAAACUUCAUUCUGGAAGAAGAAAAUGUUGAUAGAUUUGAUGAUACUGACCCAGAAGUUGUUGAAGAAAAUUGUGAUGAAGUUGAAGAAUCAAACUUCAAGCUGGUAGAAGAAAAUUUUGAUGGGCUGGAUGAGCCCAUGAUGGAAGAAGAAAGAAGAGAAGAUUUUCAAAGCCACACAUCUGGGGCCAGGAGAGGGAAGUUAGCCGGGCUGUCCUUGAGACAGGUAGUGUCCGAGCCAGCAGUGCAACCUUUAGAAACAAAGGAAGGUUUGAAUGUGAGUGGGUGUCAAAAUGCUGAUCGCAGUCACAAUCAUUCUCAGAGUUUUUUUACCUUCUCUCAGGCCCUGUCGGUUCUGAAUGUUAGUAGCUCUGAGGACAAUCCAGCCUCUCAUUCUCCGCCGCUCUCAUCAGCUGAAAGUCAAGCAGGCAAAGUCACCCCUUCCGUCUCACCUGCAGUAGGCUCAAGAGCAUUGAAAUCACAAUCACGCUAUCGCAAUGAUCGUGUCUCUCAGCUGCUUUCACCUAGUGCAAGACUGUUGAAUGAGGACAGACUCUCUCAUCUGCAGUCGCCGAAUGCCAGACAAACCAAUAAUGCCAGAAGCUCUUGCUUGCAAUCUCCAAGUGGCAGCUUAUUUAAUCAUGACCAACUCUCUCGUCUGCAGUCUCCAAGAGGUAGACUGUCUAAUCAUGACCAGCUCUCGCAUCCGCAGUCUCCUAGUUCCAGACUAACUAAAAAAGAUAGACGCUCUCAUCAGCUCUCACCCAAUGCAAGACCGUCAGAUAAUGAUAGACCCACUUAUCUGCAAUCUCCAAGUACAGGGCGAUCUUCUGGUGAGAGACUGUCUCAUCUACACGUGGGCUCACCGUCACCAGAGUCAGCACCAGAGGGCUUAGAAUUUCCUAACCAGAAGGGCAAUCGUCUCAAAGACGUGGAAGAUGUGACUGCACUCAGUGAGGAAGACUCGGACAGCUUGCCCCACUUUGACCUAGGCUUUGAUCUGGACGAUGAAGUAAUCCCUCCCACCCCAGAAAAAAUGUCGUCUUCGUCAUUGAUGAAGAGUGCUUCAGCCAGUUACAAGGCGAAACGGUCAUUUGACCUCUCUAAAGAAGUGAACCAGUCUGACCUUGCACUCUGUGCCUUGUCAGAGAAUACCUCGUGCAAGCAAAGUCCAGUAGCAAUCUCUGGAUGUGACCCUCAUAGCAGUACCUCUGACAUCUUUGAUUUGCCACGAUCAAACAGCGAGGCCUCCUCAUCCAUAAAAAGAGCGAGGACAUCAUCGGUGGCUAUAAAUGACAGAGAAGUUGGUUCUCAAAAGUUGACAUCAAAUGUUGAGACUUUUUCUUUACGGAUUGCAACAAAGGUAUCUGUUAGUAUAAAUGAUACUAAACAAGAAAAAAAGAGCUAUGCCUCAAAAUUUGACUUCAGUUCAUCUUUUGAGCUUCCCACAGAUAUUCCUGAAGAAUGGGAUUGGGAAGUAAGCUCAAAAGCAAAAGACGAGAAAGAUAAAGAAAACCAACCUUUUUCCGACUCCUGUUCUUCGUUUGAUUUUCAAGACGAAGUCAAAGAACCUCUUCAGGAUGUUAACUCAAAAACAAAAGACCAUGCAAAUGAGCAUCAAGCUGCUUCAAGCAUGUCGGCAGAGAAAACCUCAGAAAAAGAAUUCUUAGGUUCGAAAAGUUGUGUUCAGGAAACAUCGUUGUCUCCAUGCUUGAAGUCUCCUCUGAACAAGCAGUCAGAUACGGACAAAUUGAUGCCAUUGUUUUCUCAAAGUGCUGUGCCUAAGCGCGGAGGUCGUCCCAGCCUUCUGGAUGUCACUGUAAUCAGUGACGAGGACAGUUUGGACUCUUUUCAGGUCAUGGCUGUGCCAUUGUCCAAAGAUCAACCGCGUAAGUUGACUUCUUCUCAGGGGCUUGAUGACUCUCCUGGAUGGCUGAGGAAGUCCACUAAACUCUCUCUCGCUGCAGAAAAAUCCUGUAAGCAAUCUAGUUUUCAAAAUGGAGAUCAGGAAACAAAGUUAAGACAGACAAAAUUGCGGCUUGGGAAAAGGAAGGAUAAGAGCUUCGAAGAGUCGUCACAGCACAGAAGAAAACUUUUUGCCCGGGGUCAUGAUGAGGUGAGCACUGGAGAAUCAAGGUUAAAUGAUUUGUCUGUACAGGCAUGGCAAAGUGAAUCUCCUGAGGUCUCAAACAGCAGGCAGGGUCUUUCUCAAAAUACAAAAGGCAGCUCUCAGAAUACCAAAACCAGCUCCCAGAAUACCAAAAACAGCUUUAAAAAUGCUGACAACAGCAGGACUUUUGGCUCAAAAUCAGGAAUUGAAAGCAGAGAAAUGGAAGAGGUGUGUGCUGCGGAGGUCAGGCGAGUCCAUGGAGUGGGUUCCAGCACACCACUGCGUCACACAAGUGUGUCAGCGAGCUCUGCUCACCUGCAGCUGACACCGAUCAAGUUAGUCCCAAGUGAAGAUGAUGAGGCAGAUGAAGAAAGUAUGUUGAUGCCUCUUCGAAGAAGGAUGCGAGCAGCAGUUCUAGAUUUCUCCUCUGAUAGUGAUGUGAACAUCCAUGUGUCUCCCCACACAUCCCUGAAAGGUGAAGCAGUGACAGGGAGCUGUGACAAAACAACACUCUCUUUGAAGCAGACACACUCAGCUGUGAGUGGAAAGAAAAGCUCAUUUGUUCUCUCCGACAUUGAGGAAGAUGAUGAUGAUGAUUUUGAAGAACCUUAUGCCUCGGUGAACACCAGCAAAAAUUCGUCCCAUUCGAAAUCAAAAGCGCCCCUUCGCAGUCGACAGGAGGACUGCAGAGCCAAGAAAAAGAAAACUGCGAAGCACGGCUUUGUGGACGUGGAGGCCCAGGUGUCUGGCAGCGAGGCGUCCUCAGAUGAGCCGGAGGACCAGGAGGACGACCACUAUGACUUCAGCUUCAUCGACAACAACACGCUCAUGACGCAGGCACAAGGCACAGAUAUGCGAGCUGUUUAUCUGAAGUCGGUGAAGAGCCCCCCAGCUGGUCAAGCAGGUGCAUUCAAGCUGCAGUACGGCUGGAAGGAACGUGACGACGAUCGCGACAUGAUCUUUUCCCAAGCCGUGCCUGAGGACUACGGUCUCUCUGAGUACGAGGAGGACAGCUUUUGUGUCGCUUCUGAUGCCGGUGAGUCUGCCUCCCUUUCUAGUCCAGCCCGGCCCAAGGGGAAAAGGAGACAGAAGAAGAAAGACAAUCAGAGAGCUGGAAAGUGCAAGAAGAUUGAAGGAAAGCGCCGCAUUAGAAUGAUCCACAGCUCCUCCAGUGAGUCGGAGAAUGAGGAUGAUCGUCUACCGAUGACUCAAGAGUUUUCAGCACGGCCAACAAAAAGAGGAAAGUUUCUGAACAGCAGCACAGAAGAUAACCAAGAUGAAGAGGAUUUUGAAAGUUCUGACUUGAGGAAAGUGGGAUUAAACCCUGGCGCAGGGGCGUCCAGUCUGGAUGGACGUACCUGUUUGUCCAGUCCCAAGGUGCGCAGUGAGAGUGAUGGUUUUACGCAGUUGAAAGGGGGCAAAAUGGCAGAGGUGGAGGUGGCGGCACCAGAGAAAGAGAACAGAAUGGGAACGUUGGAAGAUUUUGAACUCUUUGAUGAGAACACGUGGCUCGAUGACAUGGAGUUCACAGAUGAGCCGAGGCUGAUGGGAGCGUCUGCUGGCAGACAUGGUGCUGUGAGCCCGGCUUCCGACUCUGUGCAAAAUUCUAAAACUUCAGUUCAAAAUUCAAGGACUUCAGUUCAAAAUUCAAAGACUUCAUCUAAAAUUUCUAUUACUCUAGAGGGAAAUCCUAAAACUUUGGUGAGUGAAAUUAGUACUACUGUGGUGAGUAACUUUAGAAUUGUGGAGGAAAAUUCUGAAAGUGUUUCUUGUUCGGUUUCUGGUUCAUCUGGUGCUGAGCCAUUCCUUUCUUUGUCGAGGGAUGAGAGACUGAGACGACAGAAACAAAAACAGGCCAUGUUCCGACAGAAGCUCGGUGCACGUGAGCGGACAGACGGAUCUAUCGGUGGGAAGGCAAGGGCAACAAAUAGCCAUGUGCAGGAUGGGAGACGAGGAGGUGAACCUGAGAUGGAGAUCAGCUCAGCACAAAAUUUGGGUGGAAAUGCCCAUUCUGGAGACAUGGCUAGGCGUGUUACGAGACUUAGAACUGCCAAGCAGCACACUGCUAAGUGAAAGGAGAGACUUCAGUUCCUCUAGCAGUGAUACAGAAAGGAGAGAGAGGAUGCACUACAACCAGUCAGGAUCCCACCGGUCACUUCAAACACUUCAAGGAAAAGAAACUUGAUGGAGUUCUGGUGUCUUUAUGGGCUUCAGGAAACUAAGUAAAAGCAAGACACUCUCCCUUCAGCGAGAUGUUCGAGUGCAGCAUCAUUUUCUACCACGGAGAGGGGAGAUGGCUUGUUUAUGCCGCCGCAUAAAUAUAUAUACUAUUGGUAUACUUUCAUCAUCUUCAACAAGGGCCAGAUGUUAAACUGACGUCAGUAAAUUAUAUGAUUCGCCACUCAUUUCUCUGUUCAGACACUCUCUAUGUAUACUUUACAUGCUCAUAAUAAGAAGGUGCUACUAGUUCAGAAAAGUUUUUUUUCCCCAUUUUUUUCCUCUGAUGUUGGCAUACUCAUAUAUAUAUAUGAUAUGCCAUAUAAGCAUCUCAUCGGUGAUAAUGGAGGGUUAGAGACUUUCUGACAAGAUGGACAAUUUUGCAUUUUCACUUGCUGGGAGACAAGAUCAAACUAAAAUGCCUGCAUUUGUCAGCAUUAUUACACCAGUGCCCAAGUCAUUUCAUUUUUCAAAGUUUUGUGAAAGUUUUAUUUGAAGAAAAGAGAGAGUGGCCAUGACCUGGACUCUCAUUGUUUUUCCAAUAAAAAGCUUGGAGAAAAUCGUGAAACUACGUAAUUGUAUUGUGAGGUGUCCCUCAAUGUCUUUAUUUGAAUGGGUUUUAUCUGCUGAUUA